AUGCCUCACACGGAUUUUCCAGAACUUGACGCCUUUGGAAAGUUGCCAGCAGGGCUUCUUGAUCUCACUGUGGUCAGUCCUGGCUCCUACCGAGAAUGCAUAGAGCUUGUAGCUCCUUAUGAUGUUCACUACUGCUAUGCAACCGCAACAGCUGUAAAACAGGAUAUCCCAAUAGUGCUAGAUUCUACCAAACUAGGAGGGCUGGCUCCCAUCACAUUCACUUCAUCCUCUUGCGUGCCCACUGAUGUGAAACCCACAACUGCUUUUUGGAUCUUCAUGGGUUUCAUGGCAUUCUUCGUUUCUUGGGCUGCUCUAGCCACUGCUAUUGAUUUCAUCACAGAUGUGUAUGAUAUGAAUGUGGAUAGAGAAUCUAACUGUGAGGAUUUUCGUAACAACUGA